AUGGACAAGAUCCUUCGUCGAGUGCGCAUGGCGGAGCGCCAGGUCGUUCGCCGAAACAAGCGCAACCAGGUCCAAAGAAAUGGGCAGGAAAAAGCGGACAGGAUGAAGGAACUCUCAUUCGGCGGCAAGCAAGCUACACACGAGAGACGUGCUGCCGUUGCCGCCCGUCGCGAAGACAUGGAGCUUGGCCCCCUGGCGCCGGACCGUACCUUUUCCCAUCCAGAUAAAUUCGGCACGUUCUGGGGUGCCAUCUCGGGCGAGCGGGCCCUGUUAAGACAAAAAGCCACACUUGCAGUCAAGCAAGCCCGCUCUGCCUGGGCUGGAGGGCCGCUAUACCUCUGUCUUGCCGUCGGCGACAGGGUAGUUGUGACGGAGGGGGCAUACAAGGGGCAUAUCGCGCCUAUUGAAACCCUCACGAAGGAAAACAUGACCGUCACUCUGGCGGGCAAUGUCGGCCUCAUCAACACUCAACUCCCCAGCUUCGUAGUCGAGCCCGGCCAGCCCACAGUCAACCAGCUCCGGGAAGCCAUCCCCAUCUCCGCCGUCCGCCUAGUCCACCCCCUCCAAGACCCAGCAACGGGCGCCAUCCGCGACGUCAUCAUCCGCGAGCUCAAGCCCGUAGCGAUACGACACGACCGACAAUCACGCAAAUUCUUCUUCUCCCGCAUCGUCCCGGGCCUCAACGUGCGGAUCCCCUGGCCCAAAGUCCCGGCCGCCGUCCGCCAAGACUUCCCAGUCGACACCCUCCGCAUCGACGUCGAGGAGCGCACCUUCAUCCCGACCCUACUCCGCCCGCCCAUGCCCGAGUCCGUCCUCGACGAGCUGCGCAACCGCUACUCCAAAUUCCGCACCCGCCACACCGAGGAGUACGUCGCCAAAAUUGCGGCGCAGGAGGCGGAGAAGAAACUCCGUCGGAAGGGCGCCCGCGCCGAGGAGAUGCUGCUGCCGGUGCAGGAGUACAACCGCAAGAUGCGCGAGAUUCGUCGCCAGCGUGGCCAGCCGGUGCUGUCGGAGGAGAUGCUGGCCAAGAUUGGCGAGGUGAUUGCGAAGAACAAGCAGUCGAGGUCAUCGCUUGCUCCGUCUUCGGCAUCGGAUGAUGUGAGCGAGGUGCAGAAAGCGGUGGAGCAAUUGUCCCUCGGGUCCGAGCCAGCAAGCACGAGUAACGACGAGCAACCAAAAGCAUGA